AUGAGCUGUUUUGGGUACCGCCGAGAGUUGAGUAAGUACGAAGAUGUCGACGAGGACGAGCUCUUGGCUUCCCUCAGCCCUGAAGAGCUGGCAGAGCUGGAAAAGGAGCUGGCGGAUAUUGAUCCUGACGCCAACGUGCCCAUAGGACUCCGACAGAGAGAUCAGACGGACAAGACCCCAACGGGCACCUUCAGCAGAGAGGCCCUCAUGAAGUAUUGGGAAAACGAGACACAAAGACUGCUGGAGGAUGAGAUAUGUGGGGGAAGCCCUAAACCGGAUGAAGAACAAGAGGAGGAGUGUGUGACAGAAGAAGACAGCGGAGCAGAGGAUGAAAAAGAUGUUGAAAAUGAGAAAGAACAGAAUAAGCGUGAAGCGCUGAAGGAGACAGAAGAAGAGGAAGAUGACGAUGAAGAAGAAGAAGAAGAAGAGGAGAGUGAGGAAGAGGAGGAAGCUGUAACAGAGGAGGAGGAAGAUGAUGAUGAUGAGGAGGAUGAGGAGGAGGAGGAGGUGGAGGAGGAACAAGAUAAUAAAUUAAAACAAGAGCCCCCAAAGGAGUCUGGGGCGCAGUCAUGGGCCGACACCCGGAUGCUACUGAAGCCGCAGAGGGUGGAGCCUAUGAGACUGACUCCUCCCCCUCCACCUGCCGACCCGAAUGCGACAGGUAACCCAACCGUUGUCGACGAAGCUCUCCAACUGGCUCUUAGCAACGACCCUGAGCUCACGGAGGUCAACCUCAACAACAUUGACGAUAUCUCACAGGAAACCCUCAUUCGAUUUGCUGAAGCACUGAGGUCCAACACACACGUGAGGGUCUUUAGCGUCGCAAACACCCGAGCCGACGACCCUGUGGCUCUGGCCAUCGCUAAGAUGCUGAGGGAAAACUCGUCCAUCAUCAGUCUGAAUAUAGAGUCCAACUAUGUGAGUGGAAAGGGCGUGAUGGCGAUGGUUCAAGCACUUCCUGGAAACAACACCCUGACUGAGCUGCGCUUCCACAAUCAGAGACACAUGUGUGGAGCACAGGUAGAGAUGGAGAUGGUGAAGAUACUGAGGGAAAACAACACCUUGAUCAAGCUGGGCUACCAGUUCAACCUGCCUGGUCCCAGGAUGAGCAUGACGGGAAUCCUCACCAGGAACCAGGACCGUCAGAGACAGAGACGGUUGCAAGAGCAGAGACAGCAGCAGGGCCAACAGGGGGCGCCAGAGGGGGCUGUUAACCCCAGAACCACUGCACUGAAAGGAACUCCUCGUUCAUCACCUUACAGCUCACCCAGAGCCUCUCCAUGGUCCUCGCCCAAACUCCCCAGGAGCGACCUGGCUAAAAAACAGACUCCUCCUGCUCCACCCCCUCCUCCCCCUCCGCCGCCUCCUCCUCCCCCGCCUCCUCCACCACCGCCUCCCCAGCAGCGGGAGAAGAAGAAGCCCACCAGGAUGAUCGCGGAGGUCAUCAGGGCGCACGAGGCGGGCAGCAAAAAGGUGAGGAAGACCAAAGGUAAGAAGGGCAAGAAGGGGAAGGAGUCGGGGAAGGAGGAGACGAGCAGCAUCCUGAAGGAGCUCAAGAACGCGCUGAGGCCCGUGUCGGGGGAGAGGAGAGGGGAGGAGGGCAGCAGGCCGUCCACGCCACUGAGGUCGGCCCACGACCAGCUGAUGGACUCCAUUCGCAACAGCGGCACCCGCAGCCUGAAAAAGGUGGAGGUCCCGUUACAUCUACGAUAA